GGAGACCGGCUGCCUACCCGUUCUUGCCUUAUUCAUUACACCAACCGGCAACCACCACAACAAAAAAUACCAAAUCGGAGACCAAACAUAACUCCAAACCGGUUAGUUUAGAUCCAAUUAUUUCCGACUGAGACACCCUCGGUCCGACCCAAACUCGCUAUCGCUUUACCUUCGAAAACCUCUGGUAUUGAUCCCACAGAGAAUCGUUUCUCUACCCCCUCGUUAACAUGAGCAUGCUUUUACAGUCUUCCAAAUUUGAAGAUUCUGCAAUUGAUUUUGCGAUCAAAGUAGCCAAGAACAUCCAACACUUGAAACAGGUACACGCCCACAUGACCAAGGUGGGUGUCGACCAGCAGGAGUCCCUCGUCGCACGACUGCUUCACUUCCUCCCGCACCUCAACUAUGCACGUCAAUUGUUCGACGAAAUGCAGACCACGGAUCAGUUUCUUUGGACCGCCAUGAUCCGGGCGUAUACCCAGAAGACCCUAUAUGCUGAAGCUUUCUUGCUCUUCAGGAGCAUGCACCGCAGCAACGUCCCUCCUAACCAAUUUACGUUCUCUUCUGCCAUCCAUUCUUGUGCUCACCUUCAUUCCGUUCGAGAAGGGAGAGAGGCACAUUCUCUGGUCAUCAAGUGGUGUUCUUCACCUGGUGCAUUUGUGGAGACUGCCCUUCUGAAUAUGUAUUCUCGGUUCUGCGUUGUGGAUGAUGCCCGUCGGUUGUUCGAUGAAAUGUCGCAAAGAGACGUAGUCUCUUGGACGGCGAUGGUUGAUGGAUAUGCUAGGGUUGGAUUGAUGGAUCAUGCUCACAAAUUAUUUGAUGAAAUGCCUGAAAAAAAUGUGGUGUCCUGGACUGCCAUGGUAGGUGGGUACGCAGAUGCAGGGAAGGUGGAUCUUGCACGCCAAUUGUUUGAUAAAAUGCCUGAGAGAAAUGCUGUUUCUUGGACUAAGAUGAUUACAGGGUAUGGCAAGUGUGGGGAUGUCAGGUUGGCAAGGGAAUUGUUUGACAGAGUGCCGUUACAUGAUGUUGCUACGUGGUCUGCAAUGAUCUCCUGCUACACACAAAAUGGGUUGGCCAAGGAAGCCAUGGAACUCUUUGAGAUGAUGAAAAGGUCAAGUAUCAAGCCCAAUGAGAUAACUAUGGUUAGCGUGAUAUCUGCUGCUGCUCAGCUUGGUGAUGCAAAGCUUGCAAAUCGUAUUUUAGAUUAUAUAGAAAGCUGGAGAUUAGAGACGACUGUCUUUAUGGCAAACGCAUUAAUUCAUAUGCAUGCUAAAUGUGGAGACAUGGAGAACGCACAUAAGGUUUUUAACAGAAUGACUGACAGAGAUGUGAUUACGUACACUGCUAUGAUCAAUGCACUAGCAGAUCAUGGGCGUGGGCAGGAUGCGCUUGAUAUCUUUUCAAAGAUGCAAAGACGUGGGAUCAAACCAAAUGCAGUUACUUUUAUUGGAGUCCUUAAUGCUUGCAGCCAUGCAGGAUUAGUGGAUGAAGGACGCAAGUACUUUGAGUACAUGAAAAGUGAGUGUCAGAUUACUCCCAUGACUGAGCAUUAUGCUUGUAUCGUUGAUCUUUUCAGCCGGGCAGGACUUCUUGAUGAAGCAUACCAGGUCAUCUUGGGGAUGACAGCAAAGCCAGAUGCAGCUGUUUGGGGAGCACUAUUGAGUGCAUGCAGGGUCUAUUCUAACACCCAAUUGGCAGAGAUUGCAGCCAAGCGCCUCUUUGAGCUUGAGCCGGAAAACACUGGGAAUUAUGUGCUUCUGUCAAGCAUAUAUGCCUCGACAGACAAAUGGGGAGAAGCGGCAAAAUUGAGAAAAGAAAUGGAGGAGAAGCUGAUGAGAAAAUCACCAGGCUGCAGUUGGGUUUCUAGAUAAAGACUAAGCUGCAGCAUUUCAGGGAAUUGUUUCAUGAUAGAAAGAAUGACCAAUGUGAGAGGACAAAAAAAAAAAAAGAAAGUAUAGUUGGUGACCAAUGAAAAUGCUACAGAAAGCCACUGUGAACACAACAACCACAUGAACUUUUCCAUGCAAAAUGUAAAUAAUAUAGAAAUGAAAUCUAGGAUAAAACCCUUACGUGACAAACUGAUAGGUAACCAAGUCCAUAGGUGGAUGAUAAAUCAACUGAGCAGACGAGAAUUUAGUUGAGAGAAGUCCAUUGGUGGGAGUUGUGAAAGGAUUUUCACAUGGAAAAGGAAGAAUGGGAAUGUGGAGAAGCUUACACACGUUAAACCGGCAUUCAUACUUGUGUUCUUGCCUGUUUUAUUUAACGGGUGAUGGAAAAUACAUGUUUUUUCACCUUUCAUCGGAAAGCGCCAUCGUAGGUUGUGCAGCAUGGCCAAAAAAGUAGUCGCAGGCGAGAUUCUCCCGAGUCAUUUAGCCCGAAGUGAGUGGGCUUGCAGCCGAACAAGAUCAUUGGAUGUGGAACUCAAGUACUUUGAGUAUAUUGAAAGGUCAGCGUCAAAUCACUCCCAUGACUCAGCAGCGUGCUUGUCUUUGAUCUUUUCAGCCGAGCAGGACUUCUUGAUUGGGCAUACCAGGUCAUCUUGGGAAUGACAGCAAAGCCAGAUGCAGCUGUUUGGGGAGCACUAUUGAUUGCAUGCAGGGUCUAUUCUAACACCCAAUUGGCAGAGAUUGCAGCCAAGCGCCUUUUUGUGCUUGAGCCGGAAAACACUGGAACUUUGUGCUUCUGUCAAAUUAAGAUAUACUAAACAGAGAAAUAGGGAGAAGCUAUGAGAAGGGAGCCGGAAGAGAGGAUGACAAAAUCUCCAGGCUGAAGUUGGUCUACAGUAAAUGACUAAGCUGCAUUCUUUCAGGGAAAUGUGUCAUGAUAGGAAAGAAUAAUCCAAGAGAGACGACAAAGAAAUGGGUUCACUACAAAUGGUAAUGUUAUAGAAAGUCACAGUGAGCACAGCAAGCAUGUGAGCGUUUCAAUCCAAAAUGUAAACAAUGUAGAAAUGAAAUCCAGGACAAACACUUGUGUGACAAAUUCAUAGAUAGCCAAUUUCAUAGGUGAAGGAUGAAGCAAAUGAGUAGAUGGGAAUGUAGUUGAGAGGAGUUCACCGUGAACAUCGUGACGGCUAAAGCAGCAUUUCUUUAUCUGUAAUCCGAAUGUCCAAGGACCAAGCCGUCUAUGGUUCAGAUGCCAUUCAUGGUUUUUCCAUGAGAAUAAGAAAAUCACUGUUUCGGGAUAACCAGCAUCUCGGAGUCUUGUGGCCGCAACCGGCCACCAGGACAUUCUUUCUGGCACUUAUUAUAUGCAGUCCAUGCAUACCCUUCUUUCUGACAUGCAGCUUUUCGUCAUCGAUCAUGAACUUUCCUGUGAAUGCCUUCUUCAGUAGGAGUCGUGAAGGGAUAUUCACGUAGAAAAGGAGGAAAAUGGAAAUAUAGAGAAGCUUACUCAUGACAAAGUUGUUCAUACUUGUGUUUUUGCCUGGUUUAUUUUACGUGUUAUAGAUAUGGACAUUCAGCUCAGCGUUCACAGGGAAGGAAGCCCGAUAGGGGGCUCUGCAGAUCCUCCCAGUUAUGUAGCUGAUCAGUUCUGAUUUAAUCACAGUUCAUGUACGUAGUGGGUGGCCGUUGAGAGCCUGCAGGCUGCCAUUGGUACGAUUGACUUCGAUAAAUUAAAGAAGAUAUGGUUGUGGGCUACGCUUUUUAUGACGGAAGAGUAGUUUGAAGUAAAUCCCUAUAAAUCAAGCUUGACAGUAUAGAAUUAUGGUAGCCAGGUACAAUGAGAUUCUGUUGUGGGCAAGCUGUGGCUUGCAUGCUUGCGUCCACCCCGUGAUUACAUGUUUCGAACAGAUGAAUUGUCAUUUUAGCCACGGCUGGCUUCUUCCCGUAGUUAUCCUUGUCAACAAAAUGAGGUUAGACUGUUUGAGAGAUAAUGAAGUGCGUUUCAUCAAAUGCACCUCUUCUCUUCCCAUUUUUUUCUUAUUUUUAUUGAAAAGAUAGUGCCUGUUAGCUUUUUAGUUGUAGGAACCAAUUUGGAAUAGUUCAGUAAGUGGUUUGGAUUGAACUUGCUAAUUGCUACGGGACAGGAAGAACUCUGCCAAUUGACCUUGAAUUAAGUUGGAAUAUGAGGACUACUCCUCGCACGAACUCUCGAAAUAUUACAUUUUUUUAUAAAUAAAGGCGCCUUCCUUGUUAUUUUGUAUAUCAUUCAUAAUAUUUUAGGAUUUGUUGGAAUAAUCCUACAACAAGAUUUCUUAGGUUCAGUUGUAGAACAAAAAGACGAUUAAGCUUAAUUUUUGUUUCAUUUGAUUGUCUCUUGUAUAUGUAAUUCAGGCUGCUAAAUAAAAGAAAUUCAAUCUUAACCACUCUCUGUCUUAUCCCUCACAAAGUAAAGCUAAGUUGUAAAAUUUCAGUACUUUCCCCAAAAGUGUUGCUGUACUCUCAAAUUGUUUUAUGCCGUCAAUAUUUUGUUAACAGUUUACCGAUUCUGCAUCUUUCAGCUUUUCCAUAAUAAAGAAAGACCAAUGCUUGUUCCUAAGGGUGGGCAACUGGGCAUUGGUAGGUAGCUCGUGAUGGGUUGGCUGUUAACAUCUAGCCAGUCUGAGAAAAUAAACGCACCAGGCUGGGUUGGCCCAAGUCAGGCAUUGGAGACUCGUCUUGACCUGAUAUAUACAUUUAAAUCAUAUUUCUCUUCAUUUCGUUUUGUUUUCUCUCUCCCUCUCUUCUUCACCGUGCUGCCAGCAGCUAUCUCCCUUAGAUAUUGUUGAUGUGUUGCCAUCACUUCCUUUAGGCCUCGUUUGAUGGGUAGGUGAAACGUGGUAAAUAUGUACGGGCGGGUGAAAUUUCACUCGCCCGAUUAAAAACUCUGCAUGAAUUUUCACCCGUUUAACUCAAAAGGGAGCGGGUGAAAUUUCACCCGCUUGAAAAUCCGAGCUCGGAGCUCGGACUUUCGAGCGGGUGAAAUUUCACCCGCUCGACUUCAUGUUUCGGGCGAUCAUUUCACCCCGCUGGACAACGAAGCAGCUCCUCCUCCCUCUGCCUUCUCAACGUGUUACCAGAGUAUACCGAGCUCGCACCGUCGCCUCUCCGCUCCUCCGCCGGAAGAGAGACACAGCAGUGUCCUCCACUGCCUAAAUUUCAUCCUUCACCUCUUUUAGAGCCCUGAAAAUUAAUCACCUACAACGCUUCUUGAGAGGCCUUAUAAGCUUGGCUGCUGAAGGGAGGAGAGAUGUGGCAUGUAUGAUGUAGUCAAAACAGCCCAGAGAGACAGACUGCUGAAGGAGGAAGAGUAACUUUUAUUGGAACUCACGUUGUUUCCUCUGUUGCUUCCAGAUCUGUUGGGGAUUGUUGCUGGUCAUCUUUAUUACUUCUUAACUGUGCUCCAUCCAUUGGCUGGAGGGAGGAACAUAAUGAAGACUCCAGUUUUGGUGUAUCCUUGCUCCAUGCCGUUAGAAUAUCACAUGACAUCUGAAGUUAUAAUUGUGUCUAUCGUCCACAACAAUUUUGCUUUAAAGCCAGAAAUGAUUUACUAGAUACAAGAGUGUAUUCUGAAGCCUGAACAUGGACCACCCAAACAUAUACCUGGUAAGAAAAAAUUCUACUAAUUCUAGGUCAGCACUGUCUUUGUCAUAAGAAAGCAGAUGCAAACCAAUGAGUAGACACAAGUAAACCACCAACAUUGUAGGCAUUUACAGAACCUAUAAUGAACUUCCCAGCACCAUAAUCAGGCUUCAUGUCGAGGUGCCUUUUGAUUGAUACAUAGGUUUUUUUCUUAAACUUGUAAUAGGGUUUUUUUCUUUACUUGUAACUUGGGUUACAAUGAGGUAAAUGACAUGACUAAAAUUGUCUACACUAGCGUGUCAGGUCUUGCAAGAAACCAUCUACAAAGUUUUCAACCAUCAGAACCAAGCUUAUGAUCCAAUCAAAUUUAAAACAUAAACAGCAAUAGGGAUAUAUUUUUAAAAGGUAUAGUACAAAUACAUAAAAGACAUAAAACGGGGAUAUGCAUUCAUGCAGAAUUAUGACAAAACCUGUGCUGAGUUCACAUAGAGAUGAUUGUACACAUUCAGAUGAAGGUGCACAUGGAGCAUGUUACACAUUAUUGUUGUUGUUACAGUUCUUAGUUCUUUCACACCUGCCUGUGUAUUGAAGGCAACUUCUUUGGUGUUCCCUUCCAUUGGUUGGCCACCUUUCAUAAUAAAAAACAAGAAAGGGCAGUGUGUCAGGGAUGCAGAAAGCAGGUAUGUAUGCUACAUGCUAGGAGCACAAGUGGAUCAUGUUCGUCCUUACUGGAGAAUAUCUUGAAAUCUUUUGUUCAUCGCAGUCAAGCUUCCCCUGCCUGCAUUUGUGUGGAGUAACUACUAGUCUUAGCCUGAAUAGACAACGAAGAUGACAUCGUAGAUGAAGAUAUAGAAGACAUGAAGUUUGAAGAACGGAAGUGCAGUUACAAAUGUUGGAUAACUUCUUUUGCGAUUUUUUUUUUUUUUUGUUGGAUAUGUAGUCAUUAAACUUCUGUUUUUCUGGAUAGUAGGGAAUACACCAUUUUGUGGAUUUGUACUCAUUAAACUUAUGUGGACAUGUACUUUUGUGGGUACAACUUUGUUAUUGUUAUAAAUUUUAUUUCGACAA